AUGUUUAAUUGGCCAUUGUCCAUUUCUCCUGCAACAUUAAAAUCUGUCAAAUCAUUAUCGCCGUCAACAUCUUCAUCAUUUAGUCGAACAUUUCUUCAUAAUAUCACUCGUUCUCCAUUUUAUCAUUCAUUUACAUCACUUGACAAAACGAAAUUAUGGAGCAAAUUUUAUGUGGAUGAUGAAGAAAAUGUCCAAAAAGUAUUGGAUGCAGUAUCGGUGGAUCAAAAAGUGAUCACAGAUCCGCAUUUAAAUCGACGGCGUCGUACGGUGAUAGUUACCCGUAACAAUGAUGAACCAUUUGGUUUUACUCUACAAACAUAUUUGCUGAAACGAAAAGGUGAUGAUGUGCCUUCGAAAGUAACUUACGUAGAUUACGUUCAACUUGAUAGUCCAGCUGCUAAUGCUGGUAUUCGCGCAGGUGAUGUAAUCAUAUCGAUAAAUGGCCAUGUUGUAACAGAGAUGAGUCAUGAGGAAUUGGUGAAAUUAAUUGGUUCAUUUCAUCAAAUGCGAAUGAUUGUUAUUUUUGAAAAUAUUCGACAGCGUGUCGAAUUGGUUGCUCGAGCGAUUAAAUUGCGCAAAAUUUUGAACGAUAAAUUAUAUCAGUUGAAUUUGAUUGAUAUUGAAGAGCAAAAAAUUUUAAAUAGAGCAUAUUUACGUUCAUUAUCACUGAACAAAAUAAAACAUUCACUAACGAAUUCGCUAUCAUCAGCUGAAACAUUGUCCGCUUCAUCUGUUAACUCGACCCCUUCAAACAUUAGUGGAAUUGUAAAUGACGCUGAGCGUAGUAUCAUUCGAGUACCAACGAUAACAUCAUUAAAUAAUGGAAUAAUUGAAAUUAGCAGAUAUCCGUUAAUGAGACGAACAAUGGAAAGAUCAAAUCUUGCGGAAAUUUCCAAUCCGAAGCAAUUCAUAAAUUUACGAUCGAAUUCUGGAGACUCAAAUAUUACGAAUAUCGGAAUGGAAUUCUUGCCAGUUCAACGAAUUUGUUGUUACGAGUCUGAUUUAGAACAUAUUGAUCGUAUUAGCUUAUCAUCAUCAUGUGAUACAGGACAAACUAUUGAUUCUCUCGGUUAUUUUAAUAAUUCCCGUGAUAAUGAUACUAGAAAUGUUAGUAGCAAUAGCAAUAGUUAUAUUAUCACUGAAAAUGUUGAUAAUGGUGAUAAUGAUAGUGAUAGUAAUAGUGAUGAUAAUCAUACUGCUAUCGGUGAUGAUUAUGUUGGUACUAGUGAUGAUAUUGAUAACGAUGAGAUUAAUGUCUUUAAUCCUGUUGUAUUACCGGAUGGUGUAACAACGGCAACAACAGCGGGACCAAUUUCAAUAUCAGAACCAAUGUUCGAUUCUAUAGCUUUGAAUCAUGUAAUUAUGUUGGAUGAUGAUGUUAACAGUGGUGAGGAUGACGAUGAUAAUGAUAAAAUAAAGAUUUUAAAAUUAUAG